AUGGAAGCUAUUGCUCAGGAAAUCCAAAAGCUGCACGCUAACACGGACGAGGCGGGCCGUGGAAAGAUCAACCACGAGCUAAGUGUUCUUCUAGCGUCCUUUGACACAGACUGGGAGAAAAUCCUGAAGCUGGCAGCCGGGCCUCUCCGGUUGGCUUUGGUGAAAGUAGGCGUCGACCAAGGCAUUUUCCAUGCUCUGAAUGAACGCUCUCACACCCUGCCCGAGCUUAUCGAGAAGACUGGAGUGGCACCAUAUUUGCUAGAGCGCAUCUUACGCGGCCAAGCAUCGUUCGGCAUGAUAAAGGAAGAGGGCGCCAAAGGAUUUGCAGCAAACCGGUUUACCACACUCCUAGCUGGACCAAAUACCUCCGGCGCAGUGACCUACAUCUUCGAUAUUCUCAGGCCAAUUGCCUCUGCCAUCCCGGGAUUCCUGAGCGAGCGAAACAACCCUGCUAUCACAUCUACCCAUGACACCGUUUUCCAGAGAGCAUUCAACACGGAGCUCGGCGGGUUCGAAUGGAUGACUGGGCACCCCGAGCAUUAUGGGAAUCUCUUCCAGUUCCUUGCCCUACGGCCGAACUGUGAGUGGGUUGACGCAUUCCCCAUUGAAGCCGAAAUCGGCUCAUUUAGCAAUGAUCCACAUGUGGAAAAGGUGCUCUUGGUGGACGUGGGCGGUGGCACAGGAGCCCAGUCCGUCGCUUUCAGGAAGAAGCUCCCGCACGUCAAAGGCCGGGUCAUCGUGCAGGAGAUUGCAGAGACUCUAAUUCAUGUGGGUGCAAAGGCACCCGCUGGCAUUGAGUUUAUGGAAUACGACUGCUUCACACCGCAGCCGAUCCGGGGUGCGAAAUUCUAUUAUUUGCGGUAUGUUAUGCAUCUCUGGCAGGAUGAGAGAUGUGUGGAAGCAUUGAAGGUGAUUAUCACUGCUAUGGGCCCUGAGUCUCGCCUUAUAAUUGACGAGGCUGUUAUUCCGGACCGUGAUGUUCCCUGGCAGGCAGCGUGUCAGAGCAUUCUCAUGACAGCUGCUUUGGCAGGGGCAGAGCGGACCUUGACUGAGUGGCAUAACUUGCUUGAUGCAGCGGGGUUGAAGAUUCUGAAUAUUUUCCCCUAUGACUUGAACAUGCAGUCAGUCAUUAUCGCUGUUCCGAAAUAUGAAUUGGGAGUAGUACAUACAUAG